UGUCACAGCAGCAGCAGCAGCUUUCUCCUGAAGAAACUCUCCGAAAAAGAGAAAACGCUCCAGAGAAAUGGCCUCCAAAGUUUCAGCUCUGCUCUUCCUGGGUAUCAUCUGCUUCCAGGUUGCAACAGCCCAGAUUGUGAUGGAUUGCUGCUUGAGCGUCAGUGAAAAACGUCUGAUUCCUAAAAACAUUGUGAGCUACAAGCUUCAGGUUGCCGGGUCGGGUUGUGACAUCAGCGCCACUGUGUUUAUGAAUAAGAAAGGCAUGAAGCUGUGUGUCGUCCCCCCUGAAGGAAACCAGUGGGUGAAAAACCUCAUCAAGACUGUGGACAGGAGACACUCUCAACACUAGAACAGAACAUGGAGAAAAGACGGAAAAACUCCUGAAAACAUCAAACUCGUGAAGUUACUCACAAGUUGUUUUGGUUCUGCACAUGUUAGUUCUAAUUUAUGGUGACAGACUUUUGUUUCCUCUUUUUUGUUUGUUUUCUUUCUGUUGAAUUUCUGACAUGUUGUACAGAAACAGAAAAACUGCCUGAACUUGCCUGAACUGUAACGACGGAAGCAGAAACGUUUAUCACUGUACUGUAUGCUGCAGGACGGUUUGUUGUGACAAAAUGUGAUUAUUUUAUUGUACAGAGUUUAAAUAAACUGUUUUAUAUAAUUUUGUACA